CGCCCCCUGGCGGCGCCCCGAGGCCCCGCCCCACGGGGUUGGGACGACGGGGCGGGGCGCGGAGCCCCAGCCCAGCCCAGGCCUGGUCAGCGCGCUCGGUGCCGGACUCGCCGCGCCGGGAGGGAGGCCGGGAGCGCACCGUCGGAGCGGUCAGGUGCCCUCAGCCCUUGAGCGGCCAUGUCCAGCCCCAGUGCCCCCCCUCCGUAUGAGGACCGCAACCCUCUGUACCCUGGCCCUCCGCCCCAGGGGGGCUACGGGCAGCCGUCUGUCCUGCCUGGUGGCUACCCGGCCUACCCGGCCUACCCACAGCCUGGCUACGGUCACCCUGCUGGCUAUCCACAGCCUAUGCCCCCCAUCCACCCGAUGCCCAUGAACUACGGCCCAGGCCAGGGCUAUGAUGCGGAGGAGAGAGCAGUGAGUGAAAGCUUCGGGCCUGGAGAAUGGGAUGACAGGAAAGUCCGACACACCUUCAUCCGAAAGGUUUACAGCAUCAUCUCCAUCCAGCUGCUCAUCACGGUGGCCAUCAUCGCUAUCUUCACCUUUGUGAAACCAGUUGGCGAUUUCGUGAGGAGAAACCUGUUUGUCUACUAUGUGUCCUAUGCUGUCUUCCUGGGCACCUAUCUGACCCUCGCCUGCUGCCAGGGACCCAGACGCCGUUUCCCAUGGAAUAUCAUCCUGCUGACCCUCUUUACUCUUGCCAUGGGCUUCAUGACGGGCACCAUUUCCAGUGUGUAUGAAACCAAAGCCGUCAUCAUUGCAAUGAUCAUCACUGCCGUGGUGUCCAUUUCGGUCACCAUCUUCUGCUUCCAGACCAAGGUGGACUUCACCUCGUGCACAGGCCUCUUCUGUGUCCUGGGAAUUGUGAUGAUGGUGACUGGGAUUGUCACCGCCAUUGUGCUGUCCUUCAAAUAUAUUUACUGGCUCCACAUGGUCUAUGCUGCUCUGGGGGCCAUUUGCUUCACCUUGUUCCUGGCUUACGACACGCAGCUGGUCCUGGGAAACCGAAAGCACACCAUCAGCCCGGAGGACUACAUCACUGGCGCCCUGCAGAUCUACACUGACAUCAUCUACAUUUUCACCUUUGUGCUGCAGCUGGUGGGGGACCGCAAUUAAGGAGCACCUUCCACCCCACUGUGCGCCCACUGUGGGCUCUCCCUUCCCUAGAGGGCUGGGCCCUGUGACUGGAGUCCGGACCUCAGACCCCCUUCCUUCCCCUCCAGUAAUAUGCCCAGUUUCCUUUCUGUCCUGGGAUGGGUGGCCUCUGUGGCGGUGGAUGUGCAGGGACCUGGCGGGGCUGGAGGAACCGGGGACUAACUCUUGCCUCUGGUAGACUCGGCAGGGACCAGGCAGAAGACGUGCCUCCUCCCUCCACCCACUCCGUGGCACCAAAUUCUUCUCAACUGCUGGGGUUGCAGGGAGGACAGAAAAAGCCUAUUCUACAGCCAAAAGGGAAUAUGAAAAGUAGAAGUAACUUUGGGGUGAUGAGGUGUCCCCUCCCACCUCUGCCAUAGGCUUCUGGGCUUGGUAGCUGAAGCUGUUUCCUCCCUCAACCCCCAACAAAGCCAGAAAGCUUUGUCCCCAGCCUCCUGGACUCACUGGCCAUUAUCCUGUACUCCUCUGACAACCCUUAGUGCCUUCCGGCUCACAAAGGUAGAAGAGAUCUGUGCCCAUGGGUCUCCCCUGCUUCAGUCCCUCUUCUUUCGAUGGCAUGUACAUACUGUUCAUUUGGAAUAGGGGAGGACGAGGAGAGUAAGCAAAGCCAAGGACGGGCCAAGACAGAACAGCAUCUACCCUGGGCUUCCUCACGGCUUGUGGUGGUGGAGAGGGCAGGCCUGUCCACAGCCAUCUGGUCCCCAUUCUCCAAAGCUCCCUGGGGUCUCCUUGGGGGCUUCUGAGAUCUCUGGUCAGAGAGACCUCUUGCUUCCUGUGCUCAAGCUGCUCAGAGAAGAAAGUGAGGAGCAAAGCUCAGGAGAUGGGGUGGUUUGUAGGAUUAUAAGUGGGGCCAGGAAGUACCAGGGUGAAGAAAGGCCAGGGUGGGGGCAGGAAAAUGCUCUGGGAUCCUCUCCCUGAUCUGAGGGGUAUGAAAGCCUACUGUGGUGUCCAUGGAAAUUUCUGUGUUCUUUCCUUGUGCUAACCUGGGAAGGAUCCUGAGCAAAAGGAGACUUCCCCUCUCAGUUUGUUCUUAACUUGUGCUGGGGGAUUUUAGACUUGAGCCUCAUCUCUCCAGCCAGCUGCCACUUUCUUCGUGACACCAAGUGCCUCAAGCUGGAAUGGGGAAGGAGGACAAGAGUCCUUCUGUCAGUGGGGGUAGAAACCAAAUCAGCCCAAGGGUAUACUUAGGACUUCUCUUAAGUACUUGGUCCUAAAUAUAUCACACAAAAGGACAUAAGUAGAAACGUAAUAAAGUUUUGUGUUUCGGAGUUAAAACCCUA